AUGACAUGGAAUGGAACUGAAUACGACUUCCAUGGCGCUUGUGAUCUCGUUCUUUUGCACAACCCCAACUUUGCCGGUGGCCUUGGAAUGGAACUUCACAUCCGUACCAAGAUUGACACUUGGUGGAGUUACAUUGAAACGGCAGCUCUACGCGUGGGUGAAGACACCUUCGAGGUCAUGGGUGGCGAUGGCUUGAAGUACUGGUUCAAUGGGAAUCCAGGCAGGACCAACUUGAAGAAUGGAAAGGCUCUAGGCAAGAAGCUGGCUGGUGAAUACAAGAUUCGCUUCCGAUGGUUGAACAAUCAUCAGCAUCAGUUCAAGGUUGACUUCGGGAAUGGUGAAGCUGUCACCUUCAAGACAUUCAAGGAGUUUGUUCGUGUGAACGUGGAGUCAUCGACCUAUGGUGACUUCCAUGAGAGUUCUGGUUUGAUGGGUUCGUACCCUAGCGGCAUGCUCUUGGCUCGUGACAACAGUACCAUCAUGGAAGAUGUGAAUGAAUUUGGCAAGGAGUGGCAGGUGCAUUCGUCAGAGCCCAAGCUCUUCCACAACAAGGAUGGACCUCAACACCCUGAAAGAUGCUCGAUGCCAACAAUCUCCGAGACUGCCAGUGGCCGCCAACGACGUCUUGGUGAAUCUAUGAUCACAAGAGAAGAUGCCGAAGUAGCUUGUGCCCAUGUAGACCAGGCCAACCGGAACGCCUGUGUCUUUGAUGUCUUGGCCACAAACGACCUAGACAUGGUCGGUACGUAUUAA